UCGGCUCGGCUCGGCAUGGGGAGCCCGCGGCGCCUGCUGCUGAUCUCCAACUCCACCCUGCACGGAGGGGGCUACCUGGGCCACUGCCAGCAGCACAUCCAGAGCUUCCUAGGGCAGAACGUGAGGCGGGUGCUGUUCAUCCCCUACGCCCUGCACGACCGCGACGCCUACGCCCGCACGGCCAGGGAGAAGUUUGAAAGCCUGGGUUAUGGGCUGGACAGCAUUCAUGAAUCUUGUGAUCCAGUGGAAGCUGUAAGGAAAUCUGAAGCAAUAUUUAUUGGAGGUGGGAACACAUUCCGUCUCCUGAAAGCUCUUUAUGACAACUGUCUGAUACAUGAGAUCAGGAAAAGAGUUCUUGAGGAUGGGAUUCCUUACAUGGGAUCCAGCGCAGGAACCAACGUUGCCACUGUCAGCAUCAAUACCACCAAUGACAUGCCAAUUGUUUAUCCACCUUCCCUGCAGGCUCUAGGAUUAGUUCCUUUUAAUAUUAACCCUCACUACCUGGACCCAGACAUUAAAAGAACUCACAUGGGUGAGACAAGAGAGGAAAGAAUCUGCCAGUACCACGAAGAACCAAACACCCCUCCAGUUCUGCUUGAAAAUAAGUUUAAAUGUUUCCACCUCCACCAGGGCUUGCGGGAAGGGACGAUGCUGUUAGUGGAAGGAGAUAACGCCACGCUGCAAGGAGUGACAGGAGCACGUCUGUUUUUGAGGGGUAAGAAACCAACUGAACAUGAGCCUGGAACAGAUUUCAGUUUCCUCCUGACUGACAGCAAUCCCCUGAAUCCAUAGCCUUUCAUAUUCUGCAGCAAAAGUUACUAUAUAGGGAAGACAAUGAGGAAAAAGGAAAGAUAUGCUUGUUGUCCCAGAGUAGGUGGGGUACUUCAGCUUUAUAAAUAAAAGAUCAAUAUGCAUUAGUGGACUCUUUUCCUCACCCUAAUGCAUGCCUCAGACACCUCCUUCCCAGCAAAAAGACACUUUUUGUUGCAAUUCUUGGAGAAUGAUAGCUAAUCAAAGCUUGAAGGGGCCUAUACAUUCACAUGUCCACUUUGAUUCCUUCUCCACCAAAAUAAAAAAAAGUUGCCUUAACACAAUUAAGACAGGACACUGUGUCAGCUCUUCCCGCUGCCUACUUUUACCUGCUACACAAAAGAAUUGUUCAUUCAGUGUACUCCCACACUUAGUUUAAUUUUUGUGCUAUUAAUAAAGGGAGAAGUUAUGCAUUCAA